GAGCUGUCUCCUAUCCUGCCCACUGCGUCCCCGGAUAAUCUCAUAUUUUCAUCAGAUCCAACACAUCGACGCGAAGAAUUUUCCCCCUUUGUCAUCCAUGACGCUUGGCUCAAAAGGAUCGAGUGUCGUGGUUCCAAGGAACUUCAGAUUGCUGGAGGAACUUGAACGGGGAGAAAAAGGUAUUGGAGAUGGCACAGUUAGCUAUGGAAUGGACGAUGGUGAUGACAUUUACAUGCGCUCUUGGACUGGCACCAUCAUUGGUCCCCAUAAUACUGUACAUGAAGGAAGGAUUUAUCAAUUGAAGCUGUUUUGUGAUAAAGAUUACCCAGAGAAGCCCCCAAGUGUUCGAUUUCAUUCACGGAUCAAUAUGACCUGUGUUAAUCAUGAAACUGGAGUGGUUGAACCAAAGAAGUUUGGUGUCCUUGCUAAUUGGCAACGAGAGUACACCAUGGAGGAUAUACUGACCCAGCUGAAGAAGGAAAUGGCAGCUCCACAUAACCGGAAGCUUGUCCAGCCUCCAGAAGGUACCUACUUUUAGCGUCCAAGGACUUAUAGGUGAUAUCAUAUUGCAUUUGUACCGUGCAAUAUAGUUUGUAAUGCUUUGUGGAUCUUAAAGAACAUAUGAGGGGAAUGCCCCAAAUGGUUUCAUCCUUCCCUCCCCAUGGCUUCAAAGUUGUUUUGUCAUCAGACUUUGUCAACUGUGUUGAAGGGAUACUGUUUGACUGGAUGUUGUCAGUGUGUCGACUAUUGGAAUUUAUCUCUUUAAAGCGGUACUUCUAUUGAUACGGGAUAUAAAAUUCGUAAUAUUUCGUA